UUUAUUGAAGACGAAGUCACAGGAAAGAUUAUAGAGAGAGAGAGAGAGGAAGAGAAGGGAGUCACAUGCUAGAGGGAGAGAGAAGUCUCUGCGAAAGAGCUUUGACCCUCUCUUGUUCAUAGCGUGUUCACACCCUAAAUUCCUUUAUUCAACCUCUUCUUCCCAAGCCUUUCAUUUGUUCCAUUAAAUCACCUUUGGAUCUUUGAAUCCGUCUGGGUUUCCUUCAGAUUGCUUUUCCUACGCGGUGGAAUCUGAAAAUUUUGGUGGGCUUUCUAUCUGUGUAAUCUCUCGUUGCUUCUUGGGUUUUGACUAUUUUAGAGGCCCAGUUCUUUCUGUUUGAGCUUUAAAGAAGGAUUUUUUUGGUUUCUGUUCGUUUCUCCAGCGUUUUUGCACGAAAUUGGGUUCUUGAGGUUGUGCCCGGAUUCCAAAAUUUUUGCAAAGAAACAAAAAAACUGCAGCCUUAGAUUGGAUCUCUUUUCGCUUGAUACCCCCUUCAAAUCUUGGCUUUUGAUUUGUUGGGAGAUCAGAAGAAUUGGAAAAUUAUAAGUUUUGAUUCAUGGGGAAUUGCUGUGCGACGCCGGUGACUUCGUCGAGAAAAAAGAAGGGUACGAAGCCCAACCCUUUCGCUAUUGAUUAUGCUGCAAAAAGUGGAAACGGAGGUGGAAACAAGCUAACUGUCUUGAAAAAUCCGACGGGCCGAGACCUUGGGGUCACAUACGAGCUGGGCCGCGAGCUUGGUAGAGGUGAAUUCGGGAUCACGUAUCUGUGCACCGAUAAAACGACAGAGGAGGCAUUUGCCUGCAAAUCAAUCUCAAAGAAGAAGCUGAAAAGUACAAUAGAUAUCGAAGAUGUGAAGAGAGAGGUGGAGAUCAUGAAACAUUUACCCAAACACCCAAAUAUUGUGAGCUUGAAGGAUACGUACGAGGAUGAUAAUGCCGUCCAUCUCGUGAUGGAGCUGUGCGAAGGCGGGGAAUUGUUCGAUCGAAUUGUUGCUAGGGGACACUACAGCGAACGGGCUGCCGCAGUUGUUACUCGAACCAUCGUUGAAGUUGUUCAGAUGUGCCACAAACAUGGGGUGAUGCACAGGGACCUCAAACCUGAGAACUUUUUAUUUGCUAACAAGAAGGAAACAGCUCCUCUGAAGGCAAUUGACUUCGGGUUAUCUGUAUUCUUUAAACCAGGUGAGCGGUUUACAGAGAUAGUUGGAAGUCCUUACUACAUGGCUCCAGAGGUUCUGAAGCGAAAUUAUGGCCCAGAGGUUGAUGUCUGGAGUGCUGGAGUGAUCCUUUACAUUUUAUUAUGUGGUGUCCCACCUUUCUGGGCAGAGACUGAGCAAGGAGUUGCACAGGCUAUCAUUCGCUCAGUUAUAGAUUUUAAAAGAGACCCUUGGCCUAAAGUUUCUGAUAAUGCAAAAGACCUUGUGAAGAGGAUGCUUGAUCCAGAUCCAAGGCGGAGGUUGUCAGCUCAGGAAGUUUUAGAUCAUCCGUGGUUGCAAAACGCUAAGAAGGCUCCAGAUGUCAAUCUGGGUGAGAAUGUCAGAGCAAGACUCCAACAAUUCUCCGUAAUGAACAAGCUCAAAAAAAGAGCUUUAAGGGUGAUUGCAGAACAUUUGUCACUGGAGGAAGUGGCUAGAAUAAAGGACGCAUUUGAGAUGAUGGACACUGAAAAAACUGGAAAGAUCAACGUUGACCAGCUAAGAGAUGGAGCAAAAAAUCUUGGCCACCCAAUCCCUGACGCAGACCUCCAGAUUCUAAUGCAAGCUGCUGAUGUAGAUGGUGAUGGAGCACUGGACUAUGGAGAAUUUGUUGCUGUUUCAGUACACAUGAGAAAGAUCGAGAACGAUGAGCAUCUUCGUAAAGCUUUUGGAUUUUUUGAUCAAAACCAGAGUGGUUACAUAGAGAUUGAAGAGCUACGAGAAGCCUUGGCUGAUGAAGUCGGUAACAAUGAGGACGUCAUCAAUGCCAUUAUGCGCGAUGUGGACACUGAUAAGGAUGGACGCAUUAGUUAUGAAGAAUUUGCUGCCAUGAUGAAGGCAGGCACAGAUUGGAGGAAAGCAUCAAGACAGUAUUCUCGAGAACGGUUCAAUAAUCUGAGUUUGAAAUUGAUGAAAGAUGGGUCAUUGCAGGUAACAAUGAAUGAGGGUAGAUGAAACAAGAAAGAGAAGAAAUAAUUUUGAAAAAAGGAAAAGUAAAGAAAGAAAUUCAUUGUACUUUUGUUGUCGUCAAAAUUCUUUUUUUUUUUCUUCUUCACCUAUUUCUUUCUUUCUUUUUUUUUUUUUUUUUUUUUUUUUUUUUUUUUUUUUCCUCAUAUGAGAUCCUUGAAUUUCUUUUAUUCUUUCUCGCAUCUUUUAUUCUGGGUAGGGGGAGAGGGAAGUAUAGUAGGAAGGGAGAUGAGAUUGUCAUAUGUUUCAGAAUGGGCUAUAUGUUAGCCAUUUGUAUUUGAUGAGGGAUUGCAGGAGAGAACUGAGUUUAGAAUUAAGAUGUGGGAAGAUUGUUGUGGCUGUAAAUAUGUAAUUUGGCUCACACGCCCUUUCAUGAACAAAGUCAUAUGCAUUGUUACUGUA